AUGUUGUUGUACUCCUCUGUGGUCAUACCCGCCGAGCGGCCACUUUUAAUGUUCUCCAAUAAGACUCGUGCCCUUUGGGCAGCACACCCUCGCUUGCGUGCUAUAAGACGCUUUCCACAUUUACGCCGGCUAGCAUCUGUCGCAUCUCGGAUUCCGAUUAGCCCUUUGAAUCCAGAUACGCUCUUAGACUAUGAUAGACGCAUUGUACAAUUGGAAAAGGUCAAGGCGGGUUCGGAUCACCCACUCACUCUGACUGAGAAGAUCCUGUACAGUCACCUGAUUGACACCACUCAGGCUCAAUGGAAUCUGAAUGAGAUACGACGAGGUGAGACGUUGUUGCAACUGAGGCCCGAUCGAGUGGCUUGUCACGAUGCUACAGCAACUAUGGCUUUGCUGCAGUUCAUAAGUGCUGGGCUGCCCAAGGUCGAGAUACCAACUACCAUACACAGUGAUCACCUAAUCGUCUCGCGCGACGGUGCUGAUGAGGAUUUGAAGCGCGGACUAAUACAGCACAAAGAAGUAUACAAAUUUUUGAGCAGUGCUGGAAAGAAGUACGGCAUCGGCUGGUGGAAGCCCGGUGCAGGUAUCAUUCACGUCACCAUCUUUGAGAAUUAUGCCUUCCCCGGCGGCCUCAUCAUCGGCACUGACUCGCAUACGCCAAAUGCUGGAGGACUUGGUAUGCUUGGCAUUGGUGUCGGCGGAUCUGAUGCCGUGGACGCCAUGGCAGGCAUGCCCUGGGAACUCAUGUGUCCCAAGGUAGUUGGAGUUCGGCUUACUGGCAGGCUCCAUGGCUGGGCAUCCUCAAAGGAUGUUAUCUGCAAGCUAGCUGGUAUCACUACAGUCUCGGGAGGCAAGGGCAAAGUAUUUGAGUUCUUUGGGCCUGGAACAGAGACGUUGGGUGCUACUGCGAUGGCAACUGUGUGCAACAUGUCCGCCGAGAUUGGCUCAACAUCAUGCAUAUUCCCCUUCACGGAUUCCAUGGCUCGAUACCUCUCAACGACUAAGCGAUCCGGCAUUGCGCAGCUAGCAAACUCAUACAAAGACGUCCUUCUUCGGCCUGACGAGGGUGCAGAGAAACACUACGACGACAUCAUUGAGAUAGACCUGGACACUCUAGAGCCACACAUCAACGGACCUUUCACACCGGAUCUUUCGCAUCCUCUUUCUCAGCUGAAGGAUGCAGUCAGGCAAAGCGACUGGCCUGUUAGAAUCAGUCACGCUAUGGUCGGAAGCUGCACGAAUUCCUCUUAUGAAGAUCUAUACAAGACACAGCAGCUAGUGAAGCAGGCAAAAGUUGCUGGCAUCCACCGCAUCAAGACACCAUUUAUGGUAGCUCCCGGCAGUGAAAACAUUCGAGCUACAGCCGAGGCCGAGGGCAUUUUGCAAACGCUACGCGAUGCUGGAGCAGUUGUGCUCAGCACUACUUGCGGUCCUUGCGUGGGGCAAUGGGACCGAACUGAUGUCGAUGUCAAAGGUCACGAGCGCAACACUGUCGUUUCGAGUUUCAACCGAAACUUUGUAGGCCGUCACGAUGGGAAUCCGGAGACAUGCUCUUUUGUGACAUCGCCGGAAUUGGUCACAGCCUUUGCUUACGCAGGUCGCAUCGACUUCAAUCCCGCAACAGAUGCACUGCCUGUCAAUGGCUCACAACAAGAGUUCCGCUUCACAGCGCCAACAAGCAUCGAGCUACCAUCUAAAUUCACAGCCGGUCAAGACCUUUAUCAGCCACCUCAAGAGAAUUCCGCUCAUCUUCAAGUCGAUAUCAAUCCGAACUCUGAUCGUCUCCAGCUUCUUCAGCCAUUCAAGCCAUGGCAACCGGGCGCCACGACCGACAUGCCCAUCCUCGUCAAAGUCAAAGGCAAAUGCACAACCGAUCAUAUAUCCCCAGCUGGUCCGUGGUAUAAUUACCGCGGCCACCUCGAAAACAUCAGCCAUAAUAUGCUUCUCGCAACGAGCAAUGCUUUCCUCCCCUCCACAUCUACGAUGCUUGGCCACACCAUCCAUCCGCUGGACGGCAAUGUGGAGCUCAUCCACGAAGUCGCGCGCGAUUUGCAACGCCGCAGCACACCCUGGUGCAUCAUCGGGGACUGGAACUACGGUGAAGGCUCAUCUCGCGAACACGCUGCCUUGGAACCACGUUACCUUGGCGGGUUAACUAUCAUUGCGCGCUCGUUUGCCCGUAUUCACGAGACAAAUCUGAAGAAACAGGGCAUGCUGCCUCUUAGUUUUGCUGAGCCUGCGGACUAUGAUCGUAUACAGGAAGGUGAUCGGAUCACUUUCAGGGGUAUUGAGGAAGGCGAGUUGAAACCGGCUUCGACUGUGGUAAUGCACGUACAGACGAAAACGGGGGACAUAUGGGAUUGCAAUUUGAAGCACACAUAUAGCGAGGGGCAGUUGAGGUGGCUGAGAGCGGGCAGUGCUUUGAAUUCGAUGAGAGAGAAGGUUGCUAGCCAAAUUACAGAAGAAAUUAGUCAAGAAUUACACGCUUUGCGCUCUAUCGAAGGUGCUUCUUAUGCCAGGCCAUCUAUUACGGAAACAGUCACAUCUUCUCAGUAUGUAUCGGAUGGCAAUACUACAGCGUCUGUGAGGCCUGUCCGGGGCCAAGCUUCGCUAUGGUUCAACAUUACAGACAGCGACUCAGCCUGUUCUUACGCUUUGAACACUCUUACCCUUGAUGCUCAAACUGCCACUGAAUUAUUCCAAUAUCCCUUGCCUUCCGAUAGACGGCAAAACAUGUGGCCUGGCUUCGGCCUCGUGCCUGAGAGUGUAGUAGAUGAGGUGGACCAUGCUUGGACAUGGCUAGGCUGCUUCCAGGUGGGAAUUUCAGUUGCUACAAUUUCUGGCUUUCCUUCACCAAUAUCGCAGCAGCACAUGAAGUCCAUUGGCGAAGCUCUUAAUAACACAUCGAAUCAAGUUCCUUCCUGGUGGAAGGUCUUAAUCACAAUCCUCAAGAUUACGGUCUCCGCGCUUGACACUCUCAGCAACAUAGAUGACCACGCUCUACACUUCUCAACCACCGAGAUAUUCAACGAACAGCUGCACAAACUCAAACAGGCUAAUCGUGACUCGUGGAGACCAGAAUUGGAGACUGAGUGGUGCAAUUCCAAGUUGCACGUCUUUGCUCUAACCUUUACCAAACCAGCAGUUGCAGAUUCUGAUCAAGAUAUGCAUUGGAGGAUUUAUCGUCAAACGAUCCUUUUGAAAGCAUUCGACGCUGCUUCAAGUCUCAUCACUCACUUCACGAAACUUGGACAGGACCGUUUAGCGGAGCUGAAUCUCAAUGACCUACUGAGAACCAUACCGGAGCCUUAUUUCACGUCUCUUUUCAACGCGACGACGUUCCUCUUCAGAUUUAUGGCCACCUUUAUGGCAAUCACACCGACUCAGAGAAACAAAGCGAUGGGCUUAAUUAUAGAAUCACAUAAAAUCUUCCAUUCAUUUCCGGAGCGUAGAGAACUCACGCGCGCUGCCAUCCACAUCGAGGCCCUUAUUGAUACUCUGAAACAAGGAGUUCCUGUCGGCAUGAGUGAGUUGACUGUAAGAAACAAGCUAGGGGCGUCUGUUAUGUUUGACGCAAUCUUUCACGCAUGUCGCCAAAGGAACAUUGACUCGAAAACGGGGAGGCCGUUGGCAAUGCAGCAAUGGAAAACGGUUACCGAAACCUUUACCGAGAGGCUCCCAGAAACAGCGAUACGAAACCUGAGAAGCGAGGCUCGGCAAUACGGCUCUAGAAACGAUGAUGCUGAGCAGACUGAGCAAAUCCCAUGGGCUCUGACGGACCUGAACACGCAGUGGUGGGAAGAGUGGGAUAAUUAUAUCAACCUCAAUCAAAUUGGAGACGAGCAAUUAGAUAUAAUUUGA